AUGGACAUAAGUAAUCUGGAGCCCUGCUCCACCUAUACGGUGGGAGUAUCAUCAGUCAACGUCUUCUUGGACCCGGGGGAGGACUACAACGUCACACACACUACCUCUACUAUUAACCCAGUAACAACCAUCUCUGUGGACUACAGCUGCACCAAUGGGAUGGUGACAGUUAUUUGGGAUUUGGUGUUCGGGGCCGACUCGUACAGGGCAACAGCUGUCGACGGCACCGGCACAUCCCUCAACUGUACAUCAGCUUCCACCAGCUGCCAGAUCAGCAUGCUCAAAUGUGGUGAGAAGUACCAGGUCCAGGUUGCAGCUGUCUCUGACGACUGUGAGAGCACCUCCAAUGCCACCUCCUCAUUUGAGACAGUCCCCUGCGCUCCAGCUAACCCUCAGACCACACAUGAAUGCUCCUCCAACGUGAUCGCCUUCAGCUGGCAGCCCACCAACGGCACCAGCUACUACGUGGCCACGGCUGUGGACAACAGUGGCGCUGUGACCGAAUGCAGGACAGUGGACAACACGUGUUACUUCACGGAUACGAGCUGUGGUCAGUUCUACACGUACAGGGUGUAUGCCGUGACCCCGGCGUGCCAGAGCCAAGUCAGUGAACCACAGUUUGUUCAGACCUCACCUUGUCUACCAACAAACAUAAGGACGAGAGCGGAGUGCCGCUCCGACACGCUCAUCACCACCUGGGGCUCCUCUGCAGGAGCUCUUUCAUAUACUGUUGAAGCUGAGGGGAACAACAGAGUGACCUACAACUGUUCCUCCUCCACCAACAACUGUUCCAUUACCGGGGUGCCUUGUGGGGAGCAUCUCAGUGUGUGGAUUGUCGCCUCCAAUGACAACUGCUCCACUCAGAGGGUGCUGGGAGAAGUUGCUCAGACGGCACCGUGUCCUCCAACCAACAUUGAAGCAGUCAGAGACUGUGACAAGCACCAAGCUGUGAUAGUCUGGCAGGUCCACCAGGCGUCAGGCAUGUACACGGCAACGAUGGAGGAUCAGAACGGGGCUCAGCUCACUUGCACCAGCAAUAAUGUCAGCAACUGCAAAAUCACUGAUUUGCCUUGUGGGGAAGAGUACAACGUCUCUGUCACCUACCACAGUGGAAACUGUCCUUCCACCUCCACGCCUAUUAGCAUGGAAUCAGUUCCAUGUAGUCCUGAGGAUGUGAGGGUCAGUGUGAGUUGCAGUACAGAUGAAUUAACCGUCGCCUGGAACGUCUCCGCUCCUGCAGAGAACUACACCACCAUCAUCUCAAGAGAACUGGACGAGCCUCUAUACUGUAACUCCACAGAGCCCCUCUGCACCGCGGGGGGGCUACAAUGUGGAAGCACCUACUCGGUGACCGUUUUCUCUGUUGCUGGGACGUGCUUUAGUCUCCCAAUACCGUGUCCUCCCACCAACGUCACAGCCCAACACACCUGUGCUCCAGCUCCUGUUCCGGUGUCAUGGGCUCCCAGCGAGAACGCCAACCAGUACACAGCGGUGGCUGUUAGUGGCAGUGAGCCGUGCGCCCCGUCUAACGUGAGCAGCCAGGUGAUGUGUGGCGCUGGUGUUGCCCAGGUGCUCUGGAGCCCCAGCAUGAAUGCGGUAAGCUAUGAUGUGAUAGCCACCGGCCAGGGUCAGACUUUAACCUGCAGCAGCUCAACUUCCUCCUGCACGCUGAGCAACCUACUCUGUGGCCAUGCCUAUGACGUUCUCGUGUCUGCAAGUGACGGCAUCUGUGUCAGUAAUUACAGCGCUCCCUUCAGCCAAGACCAAGCGGAUAAUGUUGAUGAACCUUUAAGUGGUCAAUAA